AUGGAGGCACUCAAGUUCGCGCCUUGGACGUCUGAAAUCGACCUAGGCUUCUAUUCAGCACUUGGUAACCUCAAGCUCAAUCAUGAUCGACUCGAUUCAUCGGCUCGUAGAGUGCUCGGUGUCUAUCAGAUCCAGACAAGAGACCCUCCCGAGCGGUCGGCGCGCAUGCAGGUUCACAACUCUGCCUUGACGCAGGACCAUGUCCCUGCUGGAUUCUACCGUGGUGAAGGCUACAUUCGCAACUUCAAUACCAUGGACGAGUACAAGCAAGUCGACAAAGCCGCCCACAUCGAACGCGCCGGUCGGACCAUCUGGGACGCCAUCAACGACGGCACAAUCUUCUCAUGCCCCUCACUGCUGUCCUCCUUUUCAGCCAUCUGCUACGCCGAUCUGAAGAAGUUCAAGUUCACAUACCAAUUCGCAUACCCAGCCUUGCACUCGGACCCCACCUGGUCAUGUUCGACUGCACCGAAGAUCACUUCAAAGGAAACACAAGAGCUGGUUGACAAGGUACAAACAUGGAGAUACAGUGUCGACACGAGACAACACGGUUUCUUCCUGGCCAAGAAGAUUCGGGAAGACGAGUCUGACUAUCGCUGGAAGAUUGGCUCCUUAGCAAACUAUGAGACUGGCUUCUUCAACAAUGUCGACGAUGAAGACCAAUACAUCUGUUUCGCCGACCCUUCGACCUUCGAGACAAAUCCUGGAUGGAUGCUGAGGAAUCUGCUUGUCCUCGUGCGACAACGAUGGAAACUUGACAAACUUCAGAUCAUGUGUUACCGUGACACACAUGCUCGACGAGAGCAGCCGCACAGCAUCUUCUUCAAGGCAGAAUCUGUCAAGCCUACCGAAGGUGAUCAUUCUGCAACAUUCCCUUCAACGCCCGAGGGCCGCGACUCACCUUCGUCCCCUACGCCGAGGUCAAUUCCACCAUCAGAGCGUGGCCCAAUGCCGAAGAUUACAGGAUGGGAACGCGACACAAGGUCUAGAAAUUCUUCUCGCACCAUCGAUAUGGGUGCAUAUAUGGACCCCACCCGUCUCGCUGACCAGGCAGUCGACUUGAAUCUGAAGCUCAUCAAAUGGCGUAUUGCACCUUCGAUCGAUCUGGACAUCAUCAAGGACACGAGGUGUCUACUGCUAGGUGCAGGGACUCUAGGCUCUUAUGUCGCUCGAAAUCUCAUGGGCUGGGGUGUAAGGAACAUCACCUUUGUCGACAACGGAAAAGUCAGCUUCAGCAAUCCAGUUCGCCAGCCACUCUUCAACUUCGACGACUGUCUGAAGGGUGGUUCUCCUAAAGCUGAAACAGCUGCCGCGGCGCUCAAACGCAUCUAUCCAGGUGUGAAUGCAGCAAGCUAUGCUCUGUCAGUCCCUAUGGCUGGUCACCCAAUCAUGGACGAGAAGAAAGUGAAAGCCGACUUUGACCAACUACACAAGCUCAUCGAAGACCACGACGCCAUCUUCAUCCUCAUGGAUACACGUGAAUCACGCUGGUUACCAACAGUAAUGGGCAAAGCAGCAAACAAGAUUGUCAUCAACUCAGCGCUUGGUUUUGACUCUUACAUGGUGAUGCGCCAUGGUGUCUCUUCACAACCUGCUGCAGAGCAACUAGGCUGCUACUUUUGCAAUGAUGUCGUCGCUCCUGCCAAUUCUCUGAAAUCGGCGACAUUGGAUCAGCAGUGUACGGUUACGAGACCAGGUGUUGCUGCCAUUGCGAGUGCGCUUGCUGUGGAGUUGUUUGUGUCUGUUUUGCAGCAUCCAGAUAAGCAAGCUGCUGCCGCCCCUCCUAUCGGCGAACCCGGACUGCAGCAUCCUGAUCACCCAUUGGGUAGCGUACCGCAUUCACUACGUGGCUUCCUUAGCGAUUGGCGUACAUUGACGAUUAGAGGACAGGCAUAUGACUGUUGUUCAGCAUGCUCACCUACGAUUCUAUCAUUGUACCACGGCGAUGGCAGUAACGACAGCAGUUCAUGGGACUUUGUGAAACGCGCAAUCAAUGAAAAAGGCUAUGUAGAAGAGGUUUCUGGCUUGGCAGAAGUACAACGCAAAGCCGAAGCGCUAGGUGAUGAGGAAUUGGAGUGGAGUGAAGGAGAGGAAGACAAUGAGGAGGCGGAAAUUCUUUAG